CACCCCUCUCCUUCGGUCCCUCACAAUAGGCCUCUCUCUCUCUCUCUCUCUCUCUCUCUCUCUCUCUCUCUCUCUCUCUCUCUCUCUCUCAUCAAACGCAUUUAGACCGGCGAGCUUCACAGUGACCACGCACGCACGUGCCCAUGGCGGCCAGCCCGGUGGUGUGGGUGAACGGGCCGAUCGUCGUGGGUGCAGGGCCGGCAGGGCUGUCGGUGGCGGCGUGCCUGCGGGAGCGAGGCGUGCCGUCGGUGGUCCUCGACCGUGCCGACUGCGUGGCGUCGCUGUGGCAAUACGGCACUUACGACCGCCUCCGCCUCCACCUCCCCAGGCACUUCUGCGAGCUGCCGGGGAUGCCUUUCCCUGACAGCUACCCGGAGUACCCUACCAAGAGACAGUUCAUUUCCUACCUCGAGGCCUACGCCGCGCACUUCGGCGUCCACCCGCGGUUCAACACGUCUGUCACGUCGGCGCGGUACGACGACGACGCCGGGCUGUGGCGGGUGCACGCCGAGAACGGGGGGGUCGUUACUGAGUACAUAGGCCGGUGGCUCGUCGUGGCCACUGGCGAGAACGCGGAGCACGUCCUGCCGGAGAUCGACGGCAUUAAGGACUUCUGCGGCCGGGUGUCGCACGUUUCAGAGUACAAGUCAGGUGCUCCGUACAGCGGCAAGCACGUGAUCGUCGUCGGCUGCGGCAACUCCGGCAUGGAAGUCUGCCUUGACCUAUGCGACCACAAUGCCCUCCCCGCCAUGGUCGCCAGGGACUCGAAGGUCCACGUCCUGCCGCGGGAGAUUCUCGGCGUUGCGACGUUCUCGGUGGCUGUCUUCCUCCGCCGGUUCCUGCCGCUGUGGCUGGUGGACAGGACCCUAGUUCUCCUCUCGUGGCUGCUCCUCGGCAACCUCGAGAAGCUCGGGAUUAGGAGGCCGUCCAGGGGGCCACUGGAGCUCAAGAACACCAGGGGCAGGACUCCAGUGCUAGAUAUCGGCGCGCUUGCAAGGAUCCGGUCCGGCGACAUUCAGGUUGUACCGGGGAUCAGGAGGUUUUUCUGUGAUGGCGCGGAGCUCGUUGAUGGACGCCGCGUCACGGCUGACGCUGUGAUAAUGGCUACCGGCUACCACAGCAACGUCCCACAAUGGCUCAAGGGAUGUGACUUCUUCACCCAAGAAGGGUACCCAAGGGUGCCAUUCCCUGAUGGUUGGAAGGGACAGUCAGGCCUCUACUCUGUUGGAUUCACAAGGAGAGGCCUCUCUGGUGUCUCCUUAGAUGCUGUCAAGGUUGCACAAGACAUUGCCAUGGCAUGGAACAACCAAACUGCCACAACAUGCUAGGACUUAACCCUGAGCAACCAGCUAACUUCAUAUAUCUUGUAGUUUAUAUUGGUCAAUAAAACUUUGAUAAAAUAUGGCACUCACCAAGCUGGAAAAUCGCUGUACCAAGAAUUGUUCACACCCCAACUUGAGACGUGGUUCCAGGUUCUGGACAAACUGUGGCGAACCUUCAAGAUUCAGGGCAUAGAUUAUUAAACAUUUCGUGAGGACAGAUACAGUGCAAACAAGUAAUACAACACAAUUUUGUUGUACCCAUGGGCCUCUUUUAUGUACAGAAUGGUAAUGUAGUAUACCGUGUACAUCUAACGGUUGGAAGAGAAUACAGAGUUUGACAUUCAUGUGUACUAAAUUCAAGUUUAUGUAUAUGGAUGGGUAA